AUGGGGCGUGGCGACGCAUUCGUGCACGACGCCGCGGACACGCUGCGGCGGUGGGUGCGGGAAGCCGGUGGGUGCUUGGUGGUGGACGGCGCCAUGGGCACGGAGCUGGAGGCGCACGGCGCGGACCUGCAGGACGAGCUCUGGAGCGCCAGGUGCCUCGUCUCCGCCCCUCACCUCAUCCGCAAGGUCCAUCUGGACUACCUAGAGGCCGGCGCCAACAUCAUAACCACGGCGUCCUACCAGGCGACGCUGCAGGGGUUCCAGUCGCGCGGCCUGUCGAGGGAGCAGAGCGAGGAGCUGCUGCGGCGGAGCGUCCAGAUAGCGCAGGAGGCGCGCGCCAUCUUCCUCGAAGGCCGGUCCAAAGGCCCCUACGCCGCGCGCGAGAACAACGACGGCUCCACAGAGCGGCGCCGGCCCGUGCUGGUGGCGGCCUCCGUCGGGAGCUACGGGGCAUACCUCGCGGAUGGCUCCGAGUACAGCGGGGACUACGGCAGAUCGGUGACCAAGGAAGCGCUGAAGAAGUUCCACCGGAGGCGGCUGCAGGCGCUGGCGGACGCAGGACCGGACCUCAUCGCCUUCGAGACCAUCCCGAACAAGCUGGAGGCGCAGGCCUACUGCGAGCUCCUGGAGGAGAACGACAUACGGAUCCCCGCCUGGUUCUCCUUCACCUCCAAGGACGGGGCCAGCGCGGCCAGCGGGGACCCCAUCACCGACUGCGCCGCCGUCGCCGACUCCUGCAGCAGGGUCGCCGCCGUCGGGGUCAACUGCACCGCUCCCAGGCUGAUCAAUGGACUGCUCCUCGCCAUCAGAAAGGUGACGAGCAAACCGGUGGUGGUGUACCCAAACACGGGGGAGACGUACGUGGCCGAGACCAAAGAGUGGGUGGUGAGUGCUCUAGCCUCCGCUGCGGGCGGUGCGUCGGCAACGGACUUCGUGUCGUGCGUGGGCAAGUGGAGGCAGGCGGGCGCGUCGGUCGUGGGAGGUUGCUGCAGGACGAGCCCGGCGACGGUGAGUGCCAUCGCGCGGGCGCUGCGAGACGCCGAUGGUACUGCCGAUAUCGACGAAUACGACGAUUUCCCAGCUGUGGCCGUGCUCUAA